AUGGCUUCCAAUCUCGGCACCUAUACACGCUCAAUCCCACGCGCCACCCAUUUCCCCAGAGCCCCCUUUAAGCCACAAUUCCCAUCAUUAUCUAACAGAACAAGAACCACAAAAAACAUUAGUAUUAGGGUUUCAAAUGAUGGCGGCAACUCCUACCUGGACAUGUGGAAAACGGCUGUUGAUCGCGAGAGGAAGGCCGUCGAGUUCCAAAAAGUAGCUGGAAAUUUAGCUCCGAAUGAAAAUGGCAGUGAUGGUUAUAACAAUGAUAGCAGUAUUGUUGAUUUGGAGAAGAAGAGUGAGGACUUCAAUAAGAUUCUGGAAGUUUCUAAGGAGGAGAGGGACCGCAUUCAACGUAUGCAAGUUAUUGAUCGUGCAGCGGCGGCCAUUGCGGCAGCUCGCGAUAUUGUCAAGGAAAAAAGGGCUGCAGAAGGGGAUGGGGAUUUCAAGAGUCAUGAAAGUAUAGAAGGACAAGAGAAAGCUCAACAAGGAGCAGGAAACCAAAAUAGGAGCAUCCUUGUGUCUCGAUCUGAGUCUUCUGCAAAUGGAGUUCCUGGCCCAGAUUUUUGGUCCUGGACACCUCCUCCCAGUAGUGAUGGGAGUUCAGAUAAGGCCGGCAACUUGCAGAAAGUUCAGAGAUCUUCAGAUACUUCUUUGACCAUCCCAGUGGCAAUGAAAGAGCGAUCUGUGGAUAUUCUCUCAAUUCCAUUUGAGAGUAAACUUUUAGAUACCAACCAGAGUCCUCCUAUUCCUCCACCACAGUCAUCAAUCGAGGUUGAAAGAGUGGGGAUCUCUGAAUCCAAUCUAGAAAUGCCUUCUAAAAAGGAGGAAGAACGUGAACUCGGUGUCCAAUUUUCAGCACAUGCAGCAGAAGCAGCACAUGCUCUUGAGACAGAUAAGGUUUAUGAGUUGUCAUCCCAUGGAGUAACUGCAGAUGGAUUGAGGUGGUGGAGGGAGACAGGAAUCGAGCAAAGGCCUGAUGGUGUAAUUUGCAGAUGGACGAUGACCAGGGGGGUUAGUGCUGACCAAGAGGUUGAGUGGCAAGAAAAGUUCUGGGAAGCUGCUGAUGAUUUUGGGUACAAGGAACUUGGUUCGGAGAAAUCAGGGCGUGAUGCAACUGGAAAUGUGUGGCGUGAGUAUUGGAGGGAAUCAAUGCGGCAGGAUUCUGGGCUUCUGCAUCUUGAAAAAACUGCAGACAAGUGGGGGAAGAAUGGAAAAGGUGAUGAGUGGCAAGAGAAAUGGUGGGAACAUUAUGGUGCCUCUGGUCAAGCAGAGAAAUGGGCUCAUAAGUGGUGCAGUAUUGAUCCAACCACAGAGCUUGAGGCUGGUCAUGCUCAUGUUUGGCAUGAAAGGUGGGGCGAGAAGUAUGACGGACAUGGAGGCAGCACGAAAUAUACUGAUAAAUGGGCUGAGCGCUGUGAGGGUGGUGGUUGGGCAAAGUGGGGUGACAAGUGGGAUGAAAAUUUUGAUCUAAAUGGUCAUGGUGUCAAGCAGGGGGAGAAAUGGUGGGAAGGAAAGCAUGGAGAGCGGUGGAAUCGCACUUGGGGUGAGCGCCACAAUGGUUCUGGAUGGAUUCACAAGUAUGGGAAGAGCAGCAGCGGGGAGCACUGGGACACACACACAGAGCAAGAGACAUGGUAUGAAAGAUUCCCACACUACGGUUUCUAUCACUGCUUUGAAAACUCAGUCCAGCUCCGAGAAGUUCAGAAGCCAUCCGAAAGGGAUGAACAAUAA